AUGCAAAAAGAAAAGCCUCAGAGGCGUAUAAUAAAAAUGAAUUUUGCCGCAAACUAAGGUAAAAAUGAACCAGAUGGAAAUAACAUUUUUUUCUAAAGUAAUCUUUUGAGCCAUUUUGAGUAAAAAGGAUGUCACAAUAAAAAUGAAGAUUAGCCUUCUCAACAAUUUCAAUAAAAUAAAAACCAAGAAAUCAAGGACUCAAAUAUCUUUUAAUGCAAAGAGCAUAAAAGCCAGGCUAUUUUUGUUUGCUAGGAUAACUCUUGCACUUCUCAAAGUAAAUAAGGAUGUUCUAAAUGUAUGAAUAUAUAUCACUAUAAUCAUAGUAAUGUUAUCAUGAUUGAGGGAUCGUAAUAAAUGGAAGAUGAUAAACUAGCAAUUCAAAAAUAAACUGCUUCUAUAAAAUAAUAAUUUAUGAGAUUUUAAAAGAUGAUCAAGGCACCAACAGAAACAUUAUAAAAUGAGAGUACACAUCAAAGUGUAAAUAAAAAAGAUUCAGAGCAAUAAUAAUAUUAACAAAAAUAAUAACAAUAAGUUAUUAAAUGUUAAAAACUGGGGAAAUUCAAUUCACAAAUUAAUUAAACUGAAGAAAAAUUGUUUAAAAAAAAUAAGUCCAAUACUCACAUAGCUAUUGAUGUAAAUCAAGCAAAGGAAAUUAAAUACAGUAAAAAUUUAUUUCUUCAGGGUUAAUAAAUUAAUUAUUCUAAUGAGGCUGAAGAUAUUCCAAAAAAUACAGAAUCAAUAAUAAAAAUACAUAUGAAAUAAAAUGAUUUUGCAAAUUAGACUAAAAAUAUUGAUUUUGCAAAUUAAAAUAAUGCAAAAAAUUAAAAUUUAAGUGAAUCAAAUAAAUAAAGUAACUCAGAAUAAAAACUUGUUUCGUCUUAUAAAGUUAUUAAUCCUAUUGAAAACAAUAUUAAUCAAAGAGACAACUAACUUAUCAAUAUCUUUCAAAAUACAAAUUUAAAAAUUAGUAAUUCUAACUAGAUAGAGACACAGUAAAAAGAAAUUAUUUAAAAAUUAUCUAUUCCUUCCUUUGAGAAUACGCAAAAUAUGCUUGAGUUAAAAAAUCAGUUGGUUUUUCUCCCAACUCAAUACAUACCUUGCUAUUCUUAUAUUCCUCCUCAAUUCCCUACAAAUUACUUCUUAAAUACAUAGCCAAGUUAAGUCUAAUAUGUUUCUCAAAGUUAAAUGUUUAUUCCAUAAUCAAAUAUCUAACAAAAUAUCAUUUAAAAUAUUUCUAAUUUUUAAAAUUAUGCUCCUUAUAAUUUUCUAAAUACCAGCAUUUAGCCAUAAAUAAAUAAUACAUAAUAAUAAGUAUACAGCGCUUGGAUACAACCCUAAACUUUUAAUUAGAACAAUCUCAAUAAUGAAUAUAAUUAGCAAAAAUGCAAUAACAAUAAUUAUUUCAUCCAAAACAAUUUGAAUUUAAAUGAUCAACACAAUUAUGAAAAAAACUAGUUAAUUAAUUUAAGAAGCAAAAAAUAAUUAGAAGAGUUGGAUCAAGUUAAUAAUAAUAAUUUAAUUAAUUAAUAAUUAAAUUAAAAUGAUAUAUAUGUUACUAGUUUAAGUGUAAACUAAUAAAGUGAUCAAGCAAAAAACUCUAAUCAUUAAAUUAUUAACCCUUAAUUAAUAGAAACCAAAAAUAUUGAUUUUUCUCAAAAAUCUACUAGUAAAUCUCAACAAGCCUCUUAAAAUAUAAAUUUAUAGUAAUAAUUAGCUGCAAGCGCUUACCCAAUUCAGUAAAAACAUAUAGAAAUUCAAGCUCCAUAAAAUGUUAAGAUUGAAGCUAUUGAGAGUAAAGAACUGCAGUAUGAAAAGUCUGGUUAGAAAGCAGUUGUUGAUUAAUAGUCUGAAAUUUUAGAAAAAGAUUAAUUAUCAUAAUAAAUAUCGAAGUAAUCUUUUGUCACCUUAAAGCAAGAAGAGUAAGAUUAGUAAAGAAAUAUUAGCGACACAUUUUAAAUAGAAAGAGUGCAAUUACGCUCGUUCUCCUGCUAAGCAUAACAAAGACAAGAAAGCGUAACAUUAAACAAAAUAGAACCUUCAAAAAAUAUACAAUAAUAACAAUCAAUAGAGAAAAUAUAACUAGUCCCUUACAGAGCUACCUAAUUUUCAAUAAAGAGUGCAUGCAAUCCUAAUGGCAGUAAAAAAGUUAAUGUUUAAUAUUUUAUUGAUAAUAACUGCAUGAAAUCUCAAUAUACAUCAAUAGAUAAAGUUAUCCAUUAACACAUUGAUUACUAUCCAUAAAUAACCUUUCUGAGUGCUGAAUGCUUUUUAUAAAUUUCUGUUAACACAUUCGAAAUGAAGUACUAUUUGAAUCUUGUGGACAUCAAGUAAAAAAAAAUAUCGUAAAGAAGAGAAGCUAGCGGAAUAUUUUAAUGCAGAAAUAGUUCUAUUUUUGAAGAAAAUAAACUUGUCAUUUAAAAAAUAAAUAAUAAUAUAUCUGCACUUUAUGAAAGAGGGGAAAACUAAGUUGAUUUCAUUUCGAAUUCUACCCUCAAAGUAGUUAAGAGAUUAAAAUAAUACUCUAUAUAGAAAGUAAUUUCCUACAAUAACGGGAGAGGUCUUGCUAUUGCUUCUUUAAGUGGUUUAGUUACCCUUUACAAUAUCAACUGUAACAAAUUCUCUCUUAUUAACUAAUUUAAUGUUAAAAAUAUUAAAUCAAAAUACAUGCUUUAGCAAAAUCUUAAUUAAAAUCCAUAAAACGAGCAACAAGAAGAAAUUGUAAAUUAAGAAGACCAAGAUGAAAAUCAUAUUCAGAAUGAAGAAAGAAGAAGACAAGGUGCUCAUUAUGAAAAGUUUACUUUUAUACUAAAUUGCGAUAUCUUUAUCUAAGAUAACAAAUUGAUUUGGUGUGGUUCUAGCCUCUUUAAAUUUACUUACUGCAUAGUCGAUAUCACCAGUAGCGCGAAGAUGAUCCUUGAACCAACUCAAGCAAACUACCCAGAUGGUAUGAUUAAUAACGAUUAAUUAAAGAUAUAAAUAUCCAAUUUGCAUGUUUUUAACGAUAGAGUUUACUUUGAAUUUAGCUACAUAGGAAAGGAAUCUGAUCAGUUUUAAAAUAAUCAGAAUUCCAGCAGCGUGCUUUUAUAAUCUAAAUACACCGUCCUUCAAUACAAGAUGAAUAAAUAAGAAGAUAACUUAUAACUGACUUAUUACAGUAUACAUCCUAAUUCAAAUAUUAUAAAAGUUUCAGACCCUUAAAACUAGAUAUUCCUAUACAAUUAGUAAAAGGCUCAUAUAAUUGGAAUUCUUUUUGAAAAAUAACCCAAAAAGAAAUAAUAAUAAAUUUUGAAUUAGGGUUAGAUUUAGUCAAAUAAUGAUAAAAGAAUGGUUAUUGUAGAUGAUAUUGCAUAUUUUUCUAGUCUUUUUAAGGAAAGACGCUACAAAGAAAAUUAUGAAGAAGUAAAAUUUAAGAUGAACGUGUCCUAAUUCCAAAAUAGUCAGACUCUCUAUAUUUUACUAAAUAGUAAUAGUUCAACAUCUUGUUAGAAUUAAAAAUUUAUUACAUUAGUCGAUAACAAGAAAAUUUUUCACAAAGUUUUUCUAAGCCAAUCGUAAUACACUACAAAAAUAAAAUGA